GUCGAGAAUCUGUUUUGCUUGAUCUUCACAGUCGAAAUCAUCAUUCGGUUUAUGGCCUUCAAGUCGAAGUGGAACGGUAUCCGUGACUUCUGGUUUAUCUUCGACUUCUUGUUGGCCUUUUUUAUGGUGCUGGAGACCUGGGUCCUCUUUGUCGUCUUGAGCUUCACGGAUUUCGACCUCGUGUUUUUCGACACCUCGGUGCUCCGAAUGCUUCGGCUCCUUCGACUGACGCGUGUUGCUCGAGUCGCCAGAAUGCUCCGGUUCCUUCCAGAAGUUCUGAUCCUGGUUCGGGCCAUCGGGGCGGCCACACGCUCCGUCGUGCUCACGGUCAUGCUCGGCCUCAUGAUCGUGUAUGUCUUCGCUAUCGCUCUGACCCAGAUCGCAGUUGACACGCCAGCUGGCACCAAGUACUUCAGCACACUGCCAGAGGCCAUGUUUAGCCUUACUUUCCAUGGCUGCUUCAACAAUGACAUGGCGGGGAUGGCACGCCUCGCCUUCCAGGACGACCUCAUUGUAGGCGCCCUGUUCGCUUGCUUCAUCGUCAGC